UGCAGGCAUGGGGACACUAGCUCCUCGUCCCUCACUUUUCACCUCCCACCUCCCAGGCAGCGGGUUCAGCAUGCUCUGUGCAAGGCCAGAGGCAGUGGUGCUCCUGGGAGCUCUGCUGACUGCAUCCCUGGAUCCCGCGGGCGGCCAGGGCUCACCCGCACUGUCCUGGGAAGUGCAGCGCUACGACGGCUGGUUCAACAACCUGAGGCAUCACGAGCUGGGCGCAGCGGGCUUCCGACUGCAGCGCCGUGUGCCGGCCAAUUACGCGGACGGCGUUUACCAGGCUCUGGGGGAGCCCCUGCUGCCCAACCCGCGCCUCCUCAGCGACGCCGCCACGCGGGGCCCGGCCGGGCAGGCAUCCCUGCGCAACCGCACCGUGCUGGGGGUCUUCUUUGGCUACCACGUGCUCUCGGACCUGGUGAGCGUGGAGACACCCGGCUGCCCAGCCGAGUUCCUCAACAUCCGCAUCCCGCCCGGGGACCCGGUGUUCGACCCCAGCGGGCGCGGGGACGUGGUCCUCCCCUUCCAGAGGAGCCGCUGGGACCCCGAGAGCGGACAGAGCCCCAGUAACCCCCGGGACCUGACCAACGACGUGACGGGCUGGCUGGACGGCAGCGCCAUCUAUGGCUCCUCGCACUCCUGGAGCGACGCACUGCGGAGCUUCUCCGGGGGGCAGCUGGCGUCGGGGCCCGACCCCGCCUUCCCCCGGAACGCGCAACCGCCCCUGCUCAUGUGGAGCGCGCCCGACCCCGCCAGCGGCCAGCGCGGGCCCGGGGGCCUGUACGCCUUCGGGGCGGAGCGAGGGAACCGCGACCCCUUCCUGCAGGCGCUGGGCCUGCUGUGGUUCCGCUACCACAACCUGUGCGCGCAGCGGCUGGCCCGCCAGCACCCGCACUGGGGGGACGAGGAGCUGUUCCAGCACGCGCGCAAGAGGGUCAUUGCCACCUACCAGAACAUUGCUCUCUAUGAGUGGCUGCCCAGCUUCCUGCAGAAAACACUCCCAAAAUAUACAGGGUAUCAUCCUUUCUUGGACCCCAGCAUCUCCCCAGAGUUCCUGGUGGCCUCUGAGCAGUUCUUCUCCACCAUGGUGCCCCCUGGCGUCUACAUGAGAAAUGCCAGUUGUCAUUUCCAGAUGGUCCUGACCAAGGAUUUUGGCAGCUCCCCAGCUCUCAGGGUCUGCAACAGCUACUGGCUUCGGGAGAACGCCAACCUGAACAGUGCCCAGGCGGUGGAUCAGCUCCUGCUGGGAAUGGCCUCUCAGAUUUCAGAGCUGGAGGACAGGAUAGUGGUUGAAGAUUUGAGGGACUACUGGCCUGGCUCUGGCAAGUUCUCCCGCACAGACUAUGUGGCCAGCAGUAUCCAACGUGGCCGAGAUAUGGGGCUGCCCAGCUAUACCCAAGCCCUGAUGGCUUUGGGGUUGGAGAUUCCCAGAAACUGGAGUCAUAUCAACCCCAAUGUGGAUGCCCAGGUGCUGGAGGCCACAGCUGCCCUGUACAACCAGGACAUGACCAGGCUGGAGCUGCUCCCUGGGGGGCUCCUGGAGAGCCAUGGGGACCCCGGGCCCCUCUUCAGUGCCAUCAUCCUCGACCAGUUUAUGAGGCUGCGGGAUGGUGACCGCUAUUGGUUUGAGAACACCAGGAAUGGGCUAUUCUCCAAAGAGGAAAUUGCGGAAAUAAAAAACACCACUUUUUGGGACGUGCUGGUGGCUGUUACUAACGUGAACCACAGUGCUCUACAACCCAAUGUUUUUAUCUGGCAUGACGGUGCCCCCUGCCCUCAGCCUCGGCAGCUCACGACUCAAGGCUUGCCCCAAUGUGUACCCCUAACGGUGUUUGACUACUUUGAGGGCAGCGGUCCUGGUUUUGGCAUCACCAUUGUGGCCCUCUGCUGUCUUCCAUUAGUGAGCCUGCUUAUCUCUGGGGUGGUGGCCCAUUUCCGAGGCCGAGAGCGCAAAAGGCUACAGAAGAAAGGCAAAGAGAGUGUGAAGAAAGAAGCAGCCAAAGAUGGUGUGCCAGCGAUGGAGUGGCCAGGCCCCAGGGAGAAAAGCUAUCCCAUCACCAUCCAGCUGCUCCCAGACAGGCGACUGCAGGUCCUGGACAGACAGCUGUCUGUGCUCCGCACUGUCCAGCUGCAGCACCCCCAGCAGGUCAACCUCAUACUGUCCAGCAACCGUGGACGCCAUACCCUGCUGCUCAAGAUCCCCAAGGAGUAUGACCUGGUGCUGCUGUUUAACUCUGAGGAAGAGCGGGGCACCUUUGUGCAGCAUCUGCAGGACUUCUGUGUGCAAUGGGCUCUGGGCCUUGACGUGGCUGAGAUGAGAGAGAAUGAGCUGUUCAGAAGAGCUGUGACCAAGCAGCAGCGGGGCCGAAUCCUGGAGAUCUUCUUCAGAUACCUGUUUGCCCAGGUGCUGGACAUCGACCAGGCAGAUGCAGGGACCCUGCCCCUGAACUCAUCACAGAAGGUGCGGGAGGCCCUGACUUGCGAGCUGAGCAGAGCUGAGUUUGCCGAGUCCCUGGGCCUUAAGCCCCAGGACAUGUUUGUGGAGUCCAUGUUCUCUCUGGCUGACAAAGAUGGCAAUGGCUACCUGUCCUUCCGGGAGUUUCUGGACAUCCUGGUGGUCUUUAUGAAAGGCUCCCCAGAGGACAAGUCUCGCCUGAUGUUCACCAUGUAUGACCUUGAUGCAAACGGCUUCCUCUCCAAGGAUGAGUUUUUCACCAUGAUGCGGUCCUUCAUCGAGAUCUCCAACAACUGUCUGUCCAAGGCCCAGCUGACUGAGGUGGUAGAGUCCAUGUUCCGGGAGUCAGGCUUCCAGGACAAGGAGGAACUGACGUGGGAGGACUUCCACUUCAUGCUGCGGGAUCAUGACAGUGAGCUCCGCCGUACGCAGCUCUGCGUCAGAGGUGUUGGAGACAUCUUUAAAACAAACAUCAGCUGCCGAGUCUCAUUCAUCACUCGAACUCCUGGGAAACGCUCCUGUUCCCAGGACUUGGAGUUCUCUGCCUCAGAAGCCCCAGAGCUGGGAGGCCCUGGGCUGAAGAAGAGGUUUGGCAAAAAGGUGGUGGGGCCCACACCCCGGCUGUACACGGAGGCACUGAAGGAGAAGAUGCAGCGGGGCCUCCUGGCUCAGAAGCUGCGGCAGUACAAGCGCUUCGUGGAGAACUACCGGCGGCACAUCAUAUGCGUUGUGAUCUUCUCAGCCAUCUGUGCCGGCCUGUUUGCAGAGCGUGCCUACUAUUAUGCCUUUGCCUCGCCAUCCUCGGGCAUCGCAGAGACUACCUUUGUGGGCAUCAUCCUGUCCCGGGGCACAGCCGCCAGCAUCUCCUUCAUGUUCUCCUACAUCCUGCUCACCAUGUGCCGCAACCUCAUCACCUUCCUGCGAGAGACCUUCCUCAACCUCUAUGUGCCCUUCGAUGCCGCCGUGGACUUCCAUCGCUGGAUCGCCAUGGCUGCUGUUGUCCUGGCCAUUUUGCACAGUGCUGGCCAUGCAGUCAAUGUCUUCAUCUUCUCAGUCAGUCCCCUCAGCCUGCUGGCCUGCAUCUUCCCCAACAUCUUCAUGAAUGAUGGGUCCCAGCUUCCCCAAAAGUUCUACUGGUGGUUCUUCCAAACAGUCCCAGGCAUGACAGGGGUGCUCUUGCUCCUGGUUCUGGCCAUCAUGUAUGUCUUCGCCUCCCACCACUUCCGGCGCCGCAGCUUCCGGGGCUUCUGGCUGACCCACCACCUUUACAUCGUGCUCUACGUGCUGCUCAUCAUCCAUGGCAGCUUUGGCCUGAUCCAGCUGCCACGUUUCUACGUCUACUUCCUGGUCCCGGCACUAAUCUAUGUGGGGGACAAGCUGGUGAGCCUGAGCCGGAAGAAGGUGGAGAUCAGCGUGGUGAAGGCAGAGCUGCUGCCCUCAGGAGUGACCCACCUGCAGUUCCAGCGACCCCAAGGCUUUGAGUAUAAGUCAGGACAGUGGGUGCGGAUCGCCUGCCUGGCUCUGGGAACCAAUGAGUACCACCCCUUCACACUGACUUCUGCACCCCAUGAGGACACGCUCAGCCUGCACAUCCGGGCAGUGGGACCCUGGACCACUCGCCUCAGGGAGACCUACUCACUUCCAAAGGGUGACGGCUGUGCCAGAUACCCAAAGCUGUACCUUGAUGGACCGUUUGGGGAGGGCCAUCAGGAAUGGCAUAAGUUUGAGGUGUCAGUACUGGUGGGAGGGGGCAUUGGGGUCACCCCCUUUGCCUCUAUCCUCAAAGACCUGGUCUUCAAGUCAUCCUUGGGCAGCCAAAUGCUCUGUAAAAAGAUCUACUUCAUCUGGGUGACACGAACCCAGCGGCAGUUUGAGUGGCUGGCUGACAUCAUCCGGGAGGUAGAGGAGAAUGACCACCAGGACCUGGUGUCUGUGCACAUCUAUAUCACCCAGCUGGCUGAGAAGUUUGACCUCAGGACCACCAUGCUGUACAUCUGUGAGCGGCACUUCCAGAAGGUGCUGAACCGGAGUCUGUUCACGGGCCUGCGCUCCAUCACGCACUUUGGCCGACCUCCCUUUGAGCCAUUCUUCAAGUCCCUGCAGGAGGUCCACCCACAGGUACUGAAGAUUGGGGUGUUCAGCUGUGGCCCUCCAGGAAUGACCAAGAAUGUAGAGAAGGCCUGUCAGCUCAUCAACAGGCUGGACCAGGCCCACUUCGUGCACCACUAUGAGAACUUCUGAGAACUUCCUGAUUCCUGUUUUCCCUCUGUGGACCAGCCCUACUAGCAGUUUCUUUGUCAGAAUCUUUCUCAGGCCUCAGCUGGGAAGCUAGAAGAGCCCCUCCCUUCUGGCCCAUCUGUCCUAUGCUCUGAGAAGGUGGAGAAGACCCCUCUAGCUAAAGUCACAGCAGGUUAUGGCAAACAAAAGUAGGAUGGGGACAGUCCCUGCCUUGUAACAUCUGUAUAGGUGAAGAGAUAUAAUAGUGUCUGCCUCCGAUCAGUCCCCAUAUCUCUGCUUUCCUUGCACAAAGUUGAUGUAUUGCUUUGGUAUUGGACUCAGCAUUUGAGGGCUAAGUGAGAAUCUCCUCAGAGCCUAGCUCAGAAGCCAUGAUGCUUGGAACCUAGACAGUCAAACUGCCUCUGUUUAGUCUCUGAGGUCUUGUCCUUCCAACUCCACCCCUGACCCCUUCUUAUUCUUAAAGGGUCAGGAACACUGAAAAAUAACCAGAGAACAAAGAUGGCUCCCUAGUCCUGAUGUUUCUGCAGUCAACCAGCAAUGCCUGAUACCAUGACCUUUUGAUGGAUCCUCUCUGAGUCUGUGGGGCAGUCCCUUGGCUCUGAGACUAAGGGAGUCCAGCCUGUCUGCCAGACACCCAAAAUUCCCUCUGUUUCCUACUUCCACAGAAGCAGGGUGACCAGCUGUCCCGGUUUGCCCAGGGCACUCCUAGUUCUACCACUAAGAGUCUCUUAUCCUAGGAAACAUCUGAAUCCCAGGCAACUCAGACAAAGUUAGUGACCUCACACAGGAGGCAGCCUGGGAUGUCAUCUCCAUACUUAGCUCUUUAAGACACUUUGUUUUCCUUCUGCAACUGACCCUUUCCUAAAAAUCUGAGCUUUAAUUUUUUUAAUUUAAGUAUAAUUUGCAUGCAGUAAAGUGUGCAAAUCGUAAAGUUACAUGUCCAUGUGUCAACAUGACCCAAGUCACGAUAUAGAGCAUUUCCAACAGUCUCCCCCAACCAGUAGAAGCAACCACUGAUGUGAUUUCUGUCACCCUGGAUUAGGUUUGGCCAUACUGAAUGUAUUCUUUGGAAACUGGCUUCUUUCACUCAGCACAAUAUCUUUGUGAUUCAUCCAUGUUGUUGUGUGUAUCAGUGGUAUA